AUGCUUGCUGUGGUGAAGCCUUUUAAGGGUCAGAAGUACCAUGAGAUCAAACAAGAGUGCCUCAAGCAGCACCGGCUCUUCGAGGACCCGGAGUUCCUGGCUGGGGACGAGUCCCUCUUUUUCAGCCGCCGCCUGCCGGGCCCCGUGGAGUGGAAGCGUCCCCAGGACAUCUGCGCCAACCCACACCUGUUUGUGGGUGGGAUCAGCUCCCACGACUUGUAUCAAGGGAAGUUGGGAAAUUGUUGGUUCGUAGCGGCCUGUUCUUGUCUGGCUCUCCAAGAAGGCCUCUGGAAGAAGGUGAUCCCCGAGGCAAAGGAGCAGGACUGGGACUCCCGGAAGCCUGAGAAAUACGCUGGAAUAUUCCACUUUCGCUUCUGGCAUUUUGGCGACUGGACCGAUGUGGUGAUUGAUGACCGUUUGCCCACCAUUAACGGAGAGCUGAUUUUCUGCCACUCAAAUGUGCCCAAUGAAUUCUGGAGUGCCCUGCUGGAGAAGGCCUAUGCAAAGCUGGCUGGCUGUUAUGAGGCUCUAGAUGGCGGGAAUACCGCGGAUGCCAUCACGGACUUCACCGGGGCCGUGUCUGAGUCCAUCGACCUGAGGAAGGGCAACUAUGGCAAGCUUCUCCUGGAGCAGACCAAGCUCUUUGAGGAUCUGCUCAAGGCCCACAGCAGGGGGGCCCUCAUCAGCUGCUCUAUCUCGGCCGACCUUGCCAAUGAGCGUCUAGCCACCACGGAGCAGGGGCUGGUGAAGGGCCACGCCUACUCAGUGACUGCUGUUCGCAAGCUGCGCCUUGGAGAACAGCUCUUGGGCUUCUUCAAGGCUGAAAAGCUGUUCAUGAUCCGCAUGAGGAACCCCUGGGGCAGGCGGGAGUGGAACGGACCCUGGAGUGACAGCUCCGAGGAGUGGCAGCGAGUGAGCGAGGAGGAGAAGGACAACUUGGGGCUCAGUGUGACGGAUGACGGAGAGUUCUGGAUGGCCUUCGAUGACUGGUGCAACAACUUCACAGACGUGGACAUCUGCCGGAAUCUGAACACGUCCAUCUUCAGCAUCCGCAAGACCUGGGAGAAGGCCACGGUUCGGGGAGCCUGGCUCCAUGAUGAUGACCCCCUGGCCAACCGCGCUGGAGGCUGCUUCAACAACCGCGCCACGUUCUUGCAGAACCCCCAGUAUGUCUUCAACGUCAAUAAAGAAGAGGACAAGGUCCUCAUCUCCCUGCAGCAGCGUGACCAGCGCCCUUACCGCAAGGAUGGCCGGGGAGACAACUUCAUCAUUGGCUUUGAGAUCUUCAAGGUGGAGUUGAACCGGGAAUACCGUCUCCAUCAGCUGCACACCCAGGAGAGGGUGGCGGGCUCCACCUAUAUCGACUCCCGCACCGUGUUCCUGAGAACCGUGCUGAAGAGAGGCCGCUACAUCAUCAUCCCCACCCUGUUCCGGCCGGGGGACAUCAGCGAAUUCCUCCUACGGCUCUUUACCGACGUCCCCUCUGAGCUCAGGGAGCUCACGCUGGACAAGCCUGAGGCCGGGUGCGCAAGCUUCCUGUGCGGCUAUCCCCGGCGCAUCACCCAGAUAAACAUUCACAGCCUGGAGGGGCUCAAUAGAGAGAACAGCGCAAGACGGGCCAGCCUGUACCUCCUCAUUAAGUGCGGGAGGGAAAGAGUCCACUGUCGGGUCCAGAAAGAAAGCUUCGGAGCUGUCUUUGAUGCCCAGGCGAUAUUCUACCGCAAGAAUCCCAAGCAGCCCAUCCUGGUGCAGGUCUGGAACAGGAGCCUUCUGUGCGACCAAUUCGUGGGCCAAGUGACCCUGCCAGGAGAGCCGAGCGACUCGCGGGAGCUGAGGACCCUCCAGCUCCGGGAGAAGGGGGGGCCAGAUGCCCCACCUGCCAACGGGCACCUCAGCCUCAGGGUGGCAUCCACUGAUGACUUCAUGGAGCUCUGA